AUGUUGGAAGAAGUGGAGCAGCUUGUGGUGAGAAACACGGCGUUACCCGAAGCCUUCCUCAACCAACUUCGGAAGGCUCAGCGCCCCCCGGUGUCCUUUCCACCUGGACAAUCCGAAAUAUACAACAGACCGUUUUCCGCGGAGGAGUUGAACUUCUCACUCAACUCCGCAAAAGGUAAAUCUACGGGCCCGGACAAUAUCAAUUACGAUAUGCUCCGGCAUCUUCCGCCCGCAGGCCGCUCAGCACUCCUGCACCUUUUCAACGAAAUAUGGUCUUCCGGGGUGUUUCCAGUAAGCUGGAAAACUGCCCACAUAGUUCCUAUCCCCAAAGGUCACACGGGCUCCUUUUCCGCCCAAAACUUCAGACCUAUAAGCCUUCUCUCGUGUACCGGAAAAAUCCUAGAGAGACUUGUAAACAGGCGUCUCGUCACCCUUCUUGAAGAGCGCCGUCUACUUGAUCAUAGGCAAUUUGGCUUCCGCCAAGGGAAAGGAACAGGAGCUCACUUGACGGCACUGUGCGAUACAAUCCACAGUGCAAUCAAUGAAGGGCUACACGUUGAUGCGCUAUGCAUAGACAUAGCUAAAGCGUACAACACAGUCAACCGGGAAGGGGUCCUUCAACAACUGGUUGACUGGGGCAUCAACGGGCGAAUGGGUACCUUUUUGGCAGACUUCCUAAACCAAAGGAACUUCCAAGUCUGCAUAGGUGGAUCCCUCUCCCGACCAUUCGCAGAAAAAAACGGCGUCCCCCAAGGUUCAGUACUUGCUGUAACCUUAUUCCUAGUGGCAAUGAACUCGGUUUUUAAAUCUCUUCCUAAAAACGUGCGUAUCUUCGUAUACGCGGAUGAUAUUGUCAUCAUAGUAACUGGUAAAUCGAGGAAAAUUAUCCGAAGAACUACCCAACAGGCGGCGAACGCUAUCCGUAAAUGGGCGGAUAGCGUGGGCUUCAACAUCGCCCCUGAGAAAUGUACUCUCUCCCAUUUCUGUAGGUCUUCUCAUUUCAAUAGCGACUCCCCGGUCCACAUAGGAACAGUCCAAGUUCCGUUUGUGAAAUUCCCCAAAAUACUCGGCAUUAUCUUCGACCGAACCCUGGGUUUCACAAAUCACUUCAGCCAAGUCAAAAAGGAUUGCGAAUCCCGACUUAGGCUGAUACGGACCAUCAGUUCAGGGCAUCCUCAAUGGAAUCGCCAAAAAGCGAUCAACAUCGCCCAAUCACUGAUAUGGAGUCGCAUUUUUUACGGGAUUGAGGCAACGGCUGUGAGUCGGGACAACCUGAUAAAGGUUCUUGCUCCCACCUACAACCGAUCAGUUAGGAACGCCUCCAACCUUCUCCCGAGUACCCCAGCCAUGGCAGCCUGCGUCGAAUCGGGACUCCUCCCAUUCCGCUGGUUUUCAGCCCUGAUCAUACUCCGUCGAUCCCUGGGGUACUUGGAGAGAACAGCCGAAGGAAAUUGCUUACUAUCGCAAAUUGCCAAACAGCUGCACCAAAGUUUCGCCAACAAAAACCUCCCGAAACUGGCUCGCCUUCAUCGAGUUGGGAAGAAACCCUGGUAUCAGGAAACUCUCCCCAAACUCGAAACUUCAUUGGCACAAACCACCGGAGCCAAACCUCUUCCUGCGGCUGCUAAAAGUAAUUUCCUCCAGCUAAUUUCGGACAGAUUUCAUAACAUUCCAGCCUAUUACACAGACGGAUCACGAACUGACCAAGGAACAGGAAUCGGAGUGUGGGGUCCAAACGUCUCCAUCUUCCGCAGCCUACCCCCGCAGUGCUCCGUGUUCUCUGCGGAAGCCGCCGCGAUAUUCGCAUGUAUCGAGAGGAUCCCCCCGGGAUCCGAGGCUGUGAUCUUCUCGGACUCCUUAGCGGUUAUUACCGCUUUGGAGUCCGGAAGUUCCAGACACCCCUUUGUCCAGGCAAUCGAGGCAUAUUGUGGUGAUAAGACCACAAUAUGCUGGGUUCCUGGGCAUAGUGGGAUCCCGGGCAACGAAGAAGCGGACCUUCUUGCGGCCAUGGGCAGGAACGCCACAAGAUUCGCCCGGCUAACUCCAGCUGCCGACGUCAUCACACAGUUCCGGGUUAAACUCGCUGAGCACUUCACGCGGCACUGGAGGGCCGCAGCGGGGGUCCUGCCCAUGAUCAAGGGCGAUCUGACCAAAUGGUCGGAUCGUCCGGACCGCAGGGAGCAGCGGGCACUGUCCAGGCUAAGAACGGGCCACACAAAAAUAACUCACCAACACUGCAUCACUCGUGUGCCCCCCCCACCUGUAACACCUCAAUGGCCUACCGAAGCGGAACGUUCGGUGGGACCGGAGACGAGCGGAACCACGGGCGAUGUCAGCGAAACCCGUAACCUACAGGACAGCCAGGAACCCUCUACAGCCACAAUGGAUCGACAGCCAGGAACACUUCAGCACUACAAGGAACCCUACACCCCAACCAGCAAGCGGCCAUCCGCCGGGCCUACGCCCGGGGAUGUUCACCGCGGCCGAGGACAACCCGUAACCCGCAGGACAGCCAGGAAUACUCAACAGCAACACCGGACCGAUAGCCAGGAACUCACUGACACCACAUGGAGCCCCACACCUAUAUACCAUCAGCAAGCGGCCAUCCGUCGGGCUUAUGCCCGGGGAUGUUCACCGCGGCCGAAGACAACCCGGAACACAUCACCCAGUCAACAAAAGAAACACACAGCCCCCCCCGAUACAGCAUAA